CAGAGGACUAUUGAGUGAUGUUACGUGACGGACAUAAGACGUACUCUGAUUUCUUUCCAUCGCUCCCUAUCCCAUCUACAUCACUCCCCAAAUGACAGACCGACCACCGUUAGAUAUCAUUAGGGGAAAUCCCAUUGAAAGUGGUCUAGAUGCGUUCCGUGCUUCCUUCAACUCCCUCUGCACAGAAAAGCAGGUCUCGUGCGCCCCGAACGCGCUGAGUCAUCUUGAUCGAGAGGAUCUUCAAAGUCUCACCCUCGAUCUUCUAUUCGCUCUACAAACUCUUCCCGUUGCUCGGCGGCUUCCUUCUAAAACGGGCCCAGGCGUCCUGCGAAGCGCUCUCGUGAAAUUGAUUUCCGCAGCCGCAUCUGACGACUUUGACUUCGACCGCUUUAAACCCCUACUACUUAUAGCCAUCGCCAAUAAUAGAGAUGAUGCCUUUCUCUGGGAUCAGGUCUAUCGCGCCGUCACCGAGGCCACGCCGCCUUCCCAGUCGGUAGCAUCCUCCCUUCAAACUCCGUGGCUACACAACACGGGCAGUUUCGCCAACUCCUCGGCACACCGCCAAGACGUGGAUAGAGUCCUCAGGUCUGAGCUGGGUCCCCUCUACGUUGGGCUGCCUUGCUUUUGGGACGCUUUUUUCGGGCGCGUGGCAGGCCUGCAUACAAUAUCUGAGAACGUCUUCAAGGAGUGUACCGAAGGGAGCGAUCCGCUAUUCUGUGGUGAAGGAUGGAGCGGGUGGCCAGCAGAGGCAAAAGAGAAGGAAAUGAUGGAGUGGUUUUACGAUAUAAUCCCAAAGCUGAGCACAUUUGCA